AUGAAUGCCUUCCGAGAUGGCUGGUUCACGGAGAUAGCAUCCGAACCGAUAGAAAAUGACCAUUCAGGAACGAAAUUAGUGGCGGAUAAAGAUGGUGAUUUGGACAGUUUCGAUAAUCAAAUUUGGUCGGGACAAGCAUUCUCACUGAAAGUUGAUAAAGUACUCGCUCACGAAAAAAGCAAAUAUCAGGAUGUUUUGAUUUUCAGAAGUAGCACACAUGGAAACGUGCUAGCUCUUGAUGGCAUAAUUCAAUGUACAGAGUAUGACGAAUUCGCCUAUCAAGAAAUGAUUACUCAUUUGGCAAUGUUUUCUCAUCCUCUGCCUCGAAAAGUACUAAUUAUCGGUGGUGGUGAUGGCGGUGUUUUAAGAGAAGUAUUGAAGCAUGGAUGUGUAGAAUCAGUAACAGUGUGUGAAAUUGAUGAAACAGUGAUCAAUCUUUCGAAGAAAUUCUUCCCGCAAAUGUCUCCUGCAUUUAGUAGUCCGAAAUUAAAACUUGUUAUCCAGGACGGAUUUGAUUUCCUGAAGCAACAUAAAGGAGAAUUUGACGUGGUUAUAACCGAUUCAUCUGAUCCGAUUGGACCGGCGAAGAAACUUUUCAGUGAAGCUUAUUAUAGUUUAAUCAAACAAGCGCUAACAGAAAAAGGAGUGCUCUCUUCUCAAGGCGAAUGUCCAUGGAUUGACAUCAAGUUUAUCAAAAAUCUCAUUAAACAUGCAUCGACUUUAUAUCCUCGUCUAGCUUAUGCAGUUGGAUUUGUGCCCACAUAUCCCACUGGACAAAUGGGUUAUCUGUUAUGCAGCAAAGAUGAGAAUCAGGAUAUUACGGUACCACGGAAAACAUUAUCAGAAAACGAAAUCAAACGUAUGAAUUUAAGAUACUAUAAUUCUGAUAUACAUCGCUCGGCUUUCAUACUGCCGCAGUUCGUAAAAGAGGCCUUAUGUGGUGACUGA